AGACAAUAUCUUCAGUAUAUGUUUACAAUGUUAAGGAUGAGGGGGGUAGUUAUUAUUCUCCAACUACAAGCUAUAGCUCUCGUGUAUUCUAACUGUUGUACCAAAAAGCUAGUUGAUGGAGCUGAUGGUUCUGACACUAGGGCUGGUAUCUACCUGUUCAACAUGACUAAUUUUGAUCUUCCAACCUACUGCAAGAACGAGUGUCUCUAUGUGAAGGAUGGUGACGACACAGGAGAAUUAUUCUGCUUCGGUGAGGGUGAUCUUAACUCACAGUGCACAGGAGAAAUAACCGAGGAAGUAAAUGCUCCUCCUGCUAACAAUGUGCAGUCUGCUGCAAAUAAGUUUAUUCCUGGCUACCUGACCAACGAUAUGCCUGGAGCUAACACUAACGAGAUCAUGUGUGGAGAAACUAUUAGUAUCUCUGAUGAGCUCUGGGAACGGGUGCUAGAUAUUGAUGCCAUGGGUACAAAAGUUGCUGCAACUUCCCCAAGUUCCUGGAGCAACAGUGGAUUAAUAAUGAAAAGAGAAGAUGGGCCGAGCACUGGAGCUGUCUCAUACAAUCAUCUUAUCAGCGUAUGGGUGGAGGAUCCCGCUUCUGAAAAAAUGUAUCUGUUGAACUUGAAUAUGCCAACUGGAAGACAAACGAACAAUGCAUUCACCAGGUUUAAAAUAGUGAAUGCAGAUGGCUCUGCUUGCACUGGUAGUCUGCAGUAUGAAACUGCCUUCAGAUUGGUAACAGAAGAUGAUCAGUUUAUGUUGGAUUUGAGUUCUGAUGUUCUACUAUCCUGGAUGGAUGCUAGUUCUAACACUAGGCUUCAUUUCUUCAACCCUCCAACUCUUAAAUAACAAGUUAUUUCUUUUCAAAAAUGUACUUUCUAAUUUAACACUUUUAUAAAAAAAACCUACAAUUUUAUUUGUAAUACCUACCAAUAGAAAAAAAUUUUGUGAUUAAUUUUGAACAAAAUGUUCGUCAAAUAACGGAAUAUUAUCGAUAGUUCGACAUUAUUUAAGCAAAAUGUAACUCUUAUACAGUGGCCGGGGUUUUAUCAAUACAAUGAAUAUGACUUUUCUUUUUAAGUUUUGAUUUUUAACUAGCUUUUUUCAAAUGACAAGUUUAC